AUGGAACCACCGGCCCAAACUGGGCUACCUUCUCAAGCAUGCCAAACUAGCCUUUCUAGCAUGUUGUUAACAUUCCGCACGUUAGGUGUUCCUAUUGCCGAGCAUAAAACUGAAGGACCCAGUCUCAUUAUAGAAUUUCUAGGCAUUAUCAUUGACUCACAAAAGAUGGAGGCUCGUCUUCCAUCCGAUAAAUUGAACCGUCUAUUUGUUGAUUUAAAUUCGUGGCACACAAAAAAGUCAGCUACACUCCAAGAGCUCCAAUCACUAAUUGGCACAUUAAAUUUUGCAUGCAAAGUAAUUGCCCCGGGUCGAGCUUUUCUGCAACGUAUCAUAAAUCUAACACGGGGUGUCUCCAAACCACAUCAUCACAUUCGCUUGACGAAUGGUUUUCGCGAAGACGUAAAAAUGUGGCAACUUUUUCUUAAAGACUGGAAUGGGACAAGUCUAUUUCUCAACUCUUUCUGGGAAAAUUCUACAAACUUUUCUCUCUAUACGGAUGCCUCGGGGACCCUUGGUUUUGGGGGAAUUUUUCGCAACCAGUGGUUUCAGGGUAAAUGGUUGCCUCACCAAACACUUACCACAAAAAAUAUCAGCAUUGAUUGGCAAGAGCUCUAUGCUAUUGUGGUAGCCUCCUACAUAUGGGCACCUUUAUCGGCUCAAAAACGAAUUGUGUUUUACUGCGAUAACCAGGCAGUGGUUUCCAUAAUCAAUUCCAAACGUUCAAAAAGCCCUCGUAUUAUGGACUUAGUGCGUCCUUUAACCUUACAAACACUGAAAUAUAACUUUUAUUUCAAAGCCUUACAUGUGCCUGGUCAUUAUAAUGACAUUGCUGAUUCUAUCUCCCGUUUUCAGCAAACCAGAUUUCGGCGGCUAGCACCGCAUGCAGACCAUCAACCUCAACCUCUACCAGAGGAACUUUCUCGUCUCUAG